AUAUAUAUGUGCGGCUUAUCGACUCGUUUCUCCACCCGGACCUCUGAUAUUGCCUGCUUCAACGACGACCUUCGCUUGUGAACCCCGGACCUGAUUUUGAUAGCAACUUCGACGACCCUUGCAACUGAAACUGGACUAUUGGUUUUGUGCCGUGUUUAGCACCAUGAAUACAAAUACUUAUCAACGGUACAAAGAUCCUAAAACAUGCUUUAUACCAACUUGCUCCAAGACUGAUCUGAAAAACCCGGAUUUGAAGUUUUUUACUGUAAGAAAAGAGCUGAAAGAACGUUGGUGUCAAAUGGUUGGCAGGAAGUGCCCAAACCGAGCACUGUUUUGCUGUGAGGACCACUUAAAUGUUGACUCAGCUAUACAGUGUGAUAAAAGAAUAGGAGUUUCAAACAAGUAUGUUAUGGCCCAGGCAAAGACUCAAACCAGAGCUACUCAAUUCCGUGGGCGAAAAAUAAAAGAAAGAGUAAUACCAUCACGAAUGAUGCAACUACCCAACACUGAGGAGAGCCCCAAUCAAUCACCAUCCUUGUUCGGGACAUCCAACUUUGACUCGUCUUCGAGUGCUCAACAAGAGCAUAUUGAAAAACGUGGCAGGGAGCACCUACUUAAAAUUAUUGCCAACAAACCUAAAUUGUUUUUAGGUCUGCCAAAAAGCUUUUGGUGGAUUAUUAAUUUCAUUGCCCAGGAGUGUUCUUGUUUGGCAUUUCAUAUAAUUUUAACUUUCUUUAAAUUAAAAAACAAUGACUCGUUUGCUAGGAUGAGUGAAGAGUUUCAAAUGGCUAGGUCAACCAUACGUUUAGUGUUUGAAAAGAAUGUCGUAGUUUUGUCGACAUAUUUUCAAAAUUGUAUAUAUUUACCUCCACUGACAGAAAUAAAAAAAAAAUUACCAUUAGCAUUUAAAAUUAGAUAUUCGAAUGUACAGUGCAUUAUAGACUGUUUCGAGAUUCAAAUAGAAAAACCCAGUGAUCCAGAGAAGCAAGCGCAGACUUGGUCGCAGUACAAAUCAUGCAACACAAUUAAAUAUUUGAUAGGCUGCACACCCGCUGGAUACAUAUCAUUCAUCUCACAGGGUUAUGGGGGACGUACAUCUGACAAAGCCAUCACGGAGUGGAGUGGCUUCGUUGAUGUUCUUCCCCUAAAUGCGGUAAUCAUGGCCGAUCGAGGAUUUAAGGAGAUUGAAUCCCUUCUAAGUACAAAAAAUGGAAAACUCUUAAGACCUCCUAGUGUCUUUGCCAAUCAAAAAAUGUUAAAAAAAGAUGUAAUUAAAACUAAGGUGAUUGCCAGUUUGAGGGUGCACGUUGAGCGUGUAAUUAGGAGAAUACGGGAAUUCCAUAUGUUAAAACCUCACUCUGUGGUUAAUAACAAACACAUAAAAUAUUUGGACGACCUAGUCAUUAUAGCGUGCGGGUUAAGUAAUCUUCAGAAUCCGAUAAUAAAAGACGUUUGA